UGCCCUUUCAUUCACUUUAUUAAUCGUCCGUCUCUCUCUUCCACCGUAUGGCCAUCUCGCCCACGGUCGUGGAAUAAAGAAGGAAGACUUGGGAAGGCAAGCGAUACGGAAUCUAUCAAUCUCCAAAUAACAGAUGAUCGCAUUGGCAUCUACCAUCAAAAGAGAAAUCCUCUCUCACCCACCAUCAUUGAUUUGAUACCUUGCUCAGGGGGAGGGCACGUUAAUAUCGUACGCACAUCCCCCUUUUCCUUCCUCGUCGAGUCAAAAAGAGAUGGCGGAGCUGUCGCAGGCCCAGCAAGUUUAUGCAGCUCCGAGAACCCUCCAAGUCUGGCGGAGUCUCCUAAACUGGCUGGCCUUCUUCUUCCAGAUCCUCCUCCAGAUCUUCAAGGGAACCCCUUCCUUUGCUCAGUUCCUCUCUUCUUCUUCCUCCCCUGCUUUCAAGCCUUUGCCCGUACAUCUUCCCCAUCAUUCUGACGCCCACGAUGAUCUCAUCACUUCUGCCGUCGAUGAUGAUGUUGGUGAUGAUAGUCCUAUCGGAAAGCUCACGGUAGUGCUUGACUUGGAUGAGACUCUUGUAUGUGCAUACGAGACAUCUAGCUUGCCUGUGGUUAUUCGUAACCAGGCCACUGAAGCUGGGUUGAAGUGGUUUGAGCUGGAAUGUGUAUCAGUGGACAGGGAUUGUGAAGGAAAACAAAAGGUGAAUCAUGUUACAGUGUUUGAACGACCUGGUUUGCAUGAAUUCUUGCAACAGAUUAGCGAAUUUGCAGAUCUUGUGCUCUUCACUGCUGGCCUUGAAGGUUAUGCUAGACCACUUGUUGACAGAAUAGACCUUGAUAAUAGAUUCAGUCUUCGUCUUUAUCGGCCUGCAACAAUUAGCACGAAAUAUCGUGAGCAUGUCAAGGAUCUGUCUUGCCUAUCGAAGGAUCUUGGCCGAACUGUCAUUGUCGAUAAUAAUCCAUUUAGUUUCUUGCUUCAACCGUUGAAUGGAAUACCAUGCAUCCCAUUCUCAGCAGGACAACCACAUGAUGAACAGCUUAGAGAGGUUCUUCUUCCGCUCCUUAAGCAGCUCUCCCUGCAGAAGGAUGUGAGGCCUGUACUCUAUGAAAGGUUUCACAUGCCUGAAUGGUUUGAAAAGCAUGGGAUCCCAAAUUCUAGUUGGACAGCCUAGGAUUCGCAAGUUCCUCGUUCAAAGCAUUUCAACAGACAUUUUUAUCUUUGUACAUUGCAGCCCCUACCCAUCCCAUCUUGUUGCUGCUUGUUGUAUAUUAAUUCUUUCUUGGUACCCUUAAUGAAAUCCGGAAUUCUUUGAGACAUAAUUCCAUCCUUUUUGUUGAGGAUGGAAAUUAUUGCAUGUCUAUAUAUGUAGAAAGAUUUGUAACCGGAUUGUCCUAAUGUACUCUUGUAUUAUGGGGGAUUUGUUGAAAUAUUUGCAGUUGGUGGUAAUGUUAUUGUUUUACUUGAA